AUGGAACCAGUUGUGUUAUGGGUGAAAGCAGGAUCAGAUGGUGUACGCUUAGGUGGUGAUCCGUUAUGUCAUCAAAUUUUUAUGAUACUAAUCGAGAAAAGUCUUCAUCCUGAUUCUGAUCUCACAUUCAGCGUGAAAACAGUCAACGAAGCGAAACCACCACCAGAAUUCCGUGAGGCUGGUUUAAGGCAUGCUCCAGCAUUACAACACGGUGAUGACUUAAUCUUAUCCCAUCAGGAUGAAAUUAUUGAUUACAUCGAUCGACAGUUUCCAAUACCAUCACUGAAAUGUGAAUGUUCUGCUGCUUCAGAUGCUACAGCAAAUCUUUUCCGUUCCUUUGCAUUUUUCAUUAAGGAAGUUAACACCGAUCCAAAAGCAUUGAAUAUGGAAUUGAUACGAUUGGAUCGAUAUUUGGAUGAUAUAAGGACAUCAUUUCUGGCAGCUGAUCAUUUAACCCAUUUAGAUUGUUAUAUUUUGCCCAAAUUGCAUACCAUCCGAAUUGCCUUAGGUGCAUUGAAAGGAUAUGAAAUACCGACCAAUUUACACAAUUUAUGGGGUUAUAUGAAACGCGGUUAUGCUAUGGAAUCAUUCCGAAAAAGUUGUCCAAGUGAUCAGGAAAUAAUACUGUAUUGGGCAGAACGACCGGAUACUCCAAAUCUAACAUCACAGAAGCGAUCCCAAUUUUACCGCCAAAAAACUACCUACAGCUGGGAUAUUCCGAUGGAUGCUCAAAAUGGUAAAAUUAAAGAAAAUGGUUGA